AUGAUGGACAAGAGCUCGCAUGUUGCCGGACGAAUGACCAAUGACCGUCGUGUGUUGUCGUGUCGUUGGCGAAUGAACGAUGGUAGCGGUCAGGCGUGCUUCGUUCGAGUCUCGUCUUUGGUUCGAGAGCCGGCCCUAGCAAGUAAGCACGUUUGGCGCCUGAUCACCUGUGCGACCUGCCCGUUUGAUGUCCGUCUUGGUUGGUUCGGCUUUGACCGUGAUCAAAAUCGAUCGAACUUUCACUGUCCACUGGUCGGCCUCCACCCACCGACGCACUGGACGGACGGUCGCGUUCACAAAAAGCGCCGAAUAAUUGGCCGAGUCAUAUGCAAGAACUUUAUUAAACAAUGUCCUAAACCUGACUGCCCGAACCCAAUCGCCUUACCAGGCCAGUGCUGCAAAACCUGCUUAAAGACAGGACCGAUGGUCAUUGACGUUUUCGAGGACAGUAACGACAAAGGUGAUUACGUAUGGGGUGCAGGCUAUCAUGAGUUCAUGGCGCUGAUGACCGGUCGGUUCCGGACUCCGGCCGUGAUGACCGAAGGCAUCGGAAGAGCAUACAUCACUUUGGAUGGCAGCCGCAUCCACAUUUCGGUAUACACAGAAAAGUUAGACGAAUCGCCGCUUGCCAUACAAGUGCUCGACGGUCAAAACGCAAUCCUGUUUGAAAAGUCGAUUACCGGCGGGAACAUGGAGAAACCGAUGUGCGCUUUCUGGUCUAAAGUGCCGAAAAUGUACAUCCAGUCUCUGAAGAAGCACGAAUUGCAGAUCACGUUGGUCACCGAGAAACAGCCCGAGGGUGUUAUUGGCGGUUCUAUUCGCAAGCACAAGAUUCUCCAUCGAGAGACCUUCACCGGCCUUCUGUUUCCACACGGCGUCUGCUGUUCCAUAGUCGCCGGCUACGGGGCCGUGGUGGCGGUCGAAGUUCAGGGCAGCAACGCCGAAACGCUGCAUAUCGUAGGUUGGCUGAACGCUAAUCCGGGUGUAGGAUCUGAACAAAACAACAACAACAACAACAGCGACAGCGACAACGGCGUCGUCGUGUUCUUCGGAAAAGACGGCGGUCGACAGAAGCAAUUCACCUCAUCGAACACGAAACUGGUCUCCAAGGUUGGGUUCUACCAGAACACCAACAACGGCCUCACCGCGUGCUGUGAUGUCGACAGUUGA